AUGGACCGCCUGGUGCCUACGGUCUAUCGGGACAGCCUUCCUCCCGCUUUUGCAAAUCCUGGACACUGGUGCUGGUUCAAUGCUGUAUUGCAGGCAUUAGCCAGCAUACAUGACCCCAGGUGGUGGAGCGUGCUGAAAUCGGCGAACCGUCCUGAUGCUGAAGCAUCCAAAGGGGACACUGAAAGUUUCGGUCAAGCGCCCAAAGAUGUACUGGCUUGCUUGGCUUCUGUGCUUUUGUAUUUGAAUGGCGACCUAGAUGAUGGUCUUCCACAAGUGUCAGAGCUGGCGAUUGCCAUUCAAGAGGAGUGUGGCAUCUCUUCCAUUUCUGGUGAACAGCAAGAUGCCCAUGAGGCUCUUGUGAAGUUACUAGAGGCUGUCUAUGUUGGACUCAGCAAGCGCAAGGUGGCCGCAUUUCAGAGGCUGAAGCCUUGGGACCCAAUGAGGCCCUAUUGGCUCGGCAGUCCGAACUUUCUCCACUUCUGUGAAGCAUCAGAAGCACUUCAACACUUCCAGGAUCUGUUUGAAGGGGUCCUGGAAGAGAGGCGACUUUGUCGGAGCUGUGGCCUGGUCAGGGUGGAAAGUUGCCCUUCGAAGCAGGCCUUCCGUUGUUUGUCUCUGGAUCUGAUCCAAAUGAAUCACCCGCACUUUUCCAGCGUGAAUUUGGUGAACUUGCUGGGCAGCUCCUACGGUGGAAAACCCACGGAAGAGAUCGACGGUUUGGUUUGCGACCGUUGCUCUUUGGAGGCCUCCCUUCGUCGCGCGCUGUUGGACUCCGGCGCCUCGAUCUUCGCUGCCCGUGCGUGUCAUCGCUUUGCAGCGCUGCUGGAGGCGCAUGCUGCUGGUGCCAGGCUGCCAGAUAUGGAGGGAUUGGAAGCGCUACGACCUGUGGCUGCUCCUCCCUGUGUACUGAAACGUCGCAGCCACGUACGAUCCUUUCGCAUCAGAGUGGCCCCGCGGAUCUUCACCUUUCACAUGCGCAGGCUCAUUUUCGGACCUUUCGGCUUCAUCAAGGUCAGCAAUCCUGUCCGCUACCCUGAGAUCUUGAAUGACCUGGGUCUUAGCGCUGGCUACGGCUUGUGCUCUGUGAUGUCCCACUUGGGGCAUGCGACGGAGGGUCACUUCAUCACCCACAGAGUGUGGCAACGAGGAAAACCCCUAGUUGAAGGUGAUGGAAUUUUGCCUGUACUGUUUGAAGGGAAAAUCCACCGGUGGUUUGCUCUUGAUGCUAGCCUGCGAUUUCUUCGAGGUAGCCGCUUUGGUUUCCCCCAACUGUGGCAUCGUGAUGCGCCGGGCUUGCCUCGGAAGUGGGGGCUCCCGGCCUGCGACCGGCAAAACCCGGCUGGUGGGUUCCAUGAUCCGACAAACAUGGGGGUAAAUUUUCGGGUAAAACAUAAAUUCGAGCUGUAG